AUGAAUUGUCAAGACGUAAUAAAUCUUUAUCAAAUUUGGAACGUGUACCAAGAAGUUGUGGCAGCGAACGAAGAAAAUAAUAGAAAUAGAGUCAGGCGAUGGUGGGCAAAACCACACAUUAGGCACAACUAUCUACAAGGAUACGGCGGUUAUAGAAGCGUAUUCCUUUACUUCAAAUUGAACGACGAAGAAGAGUUUUAUAGAUUUACAAACCUGACAAUUCAUCAGUUUAAUUUUGUUUUUGAAAUUUUGAAACCGUUUCUUGUUAAAAGAAGUAGAAGACCACCUUUACCUGCUCAACUCCGAUUUGCAGCUGUGUUAAACUAUCUCGCUAAAGGUGACAGCCAAUUAAAAAAUGCUUGGUUCACUUCAAUUGGAGAGUCAACAAUGUAUGCCAUUGUACCUGAGGUGUGCAAAAUCAUAUCUCAACAACUUGUACCAAGAUAUGUACGCCAGCCUUCAUCAGCUGAUUUCAAGAGAGUCGCUGAAGAAUUUGAACAAGUAUUACACUUUCCCCACUGUAUAGGAACCAUUGAUGGAAGACAUUGUCCAAUUCGACAACCUAAGCACUCAGGAAGUGCUUAUUACAAUUAUAAAAAAUUUUUUAGCCUGAAUAUGAUGGCCAUCUGUGAUGUUCAUCAACGGUUCUUGAUGUUUAAUUUGGGAGGAUAUGGUUCCUUCAAUGAUGCGUUUACCUUCAACAACAGUGAUAUUUGUGAAAUGUUGCAAGAUAAUCAAGCCAUCCCUAUUCCAGAACUGUUACCUAAUUCAAAUAUUAUGGCACCAUAUUAUCUAAUAGGAGAUGGUGGCUUUCCCAAUGAAUAUUUUCAACUUCCGAUUGAGUCAUAUCAGGCAAAAAAUUGA